UCUGCUUACUCCAACUUCUCUCAUCUACUACCAUUCCCACCAACCCUUUCUACUGAAACUACACCAAUAUUAUUCAAAAUCUCGUCUUUCACAAAACAAGAUCCAACCAUGUUUCGAUCCAUGAGUACUCGGAGAGGUCCUGGGAGGUACGAGAGAUUGGGUAAAGAAUCGGUUACCACUGCACUGUUGAACGAGAGCUUCAAGAGGAGCACGAGUUUGCCUUCAUGGGGAUCCAACCCUUCCAGAAAAAUGGCUUUGGGUUCAACCUUUGGGGACUUCAAUCUUCAGAGAAACCCCACAAAGAAGGGAAAUAACAGUGAAAAGAAAAGUCACCCUCUUCUCAGUUUCUUGGCUCUUCGUAGGAAAAAGAAAACAACAGCAAGGCCUGAAUUUGCGAGGUAUCUUGAAUAUCUCAAGGAAGGAGGCAUGUGGGAUUUAAAGUCCAAUAAACCUGUCAUGCAUUACGUUUGAUCCUGGCUUCAAUGCACAAUAUUAGUGUAUUUCAUGUAAGAAUUAAUUCAUGUAGAGUAUAUGGUUACAUUUGAAUCGAUUGGGAACAUGUAAAGUUCAUCGGCUUGUUUUCAACAGGUUCUGGUAUAAUAUAAAGAUCUUUUUUUUUUCUCUGUGGGUUGAAGAUGUUAAUUAAUAGAACAAAAUAUUCUUUUA